UUUUCAAUACGGAGUGUUUUUCUUUGACUACAUUCCAGUACUCCAAAAAGAAAAAAAAAAACGCACUGGAAUUUCCCCCUCAAAUUGUACUUUUUGAUGUUCAUCCUUUCCCCACAAUAUCUCCUUUAUUAUCGACGCAAAAAUUGGAGUAAUUUCGGCUCAAUUUUGAAGGAUUUCUAAACUAAUUCUGCAUUCAAGUACUGGGCUAAUGGUAGUUGGAGAAUUUUUCCUUAAGACAAAAUGCCUUAUUUUGCUAAAGAUGUAGAUGCUGCUUUUCAGGGAGCUGGAACAAAAAUGUAUCCUUUCAUCGGUUUAGAGAUCUGGUGUGUUGAGAAUCUCAGCUUGGUUCCAGUACCGAAGUCAUCUCAUGGGAAACUUUUUUCAGGGAGCGUAUAUCUGAUUUUAAAUACAGUAUUGCUGAAAGAUGGAAUGCUUGAACAUGAUGUACAUUAUUGGCUUGGAAAGGAUGCAAAUGAGGUGGAGUCGCUAAUGGUCUCAGAUAAAGCGCUUGAAUUAGAUUUGGCCUUAGGAUCUUGCACUGUGCAAUACCAGGAAAAACAAGGUCAAGAGUCAGCAAAGUUUUUGUCAUACUUUAAACCUUGUAUUAUUCCAUGUGAAGGAGUAUAUACAUCAGGACCAGAGAGGUCAAAUAGAGGCACAUACCAUAUUACCUUGUUAGCAUGCAAGGGCGAACAUGCCAUUUCGGUUAAGGAGGUGCCUUUUUCACGGUCAUCUUUGAACCAUGAUGAUGUUUUUAUCCUAGACACGGAAUCAAAAGUAUAUCUCUUUAGUGGUCACAACUCGAGCAUACAAGAAAGAGCUAAGGCUUUAGAGGUCAUCAAGUAUAUUAAGGAAGAAAAGCAUGGUGGGAAAUGCCAGGUGGCUACAAUAGAGGAUGGAAAGUUUGUUGGUGAUUCAGAUGCAGGGGAGUUUUGGAGUAUUUUUGGGGGUUAUGCUCCUAUUCCUCGUGACUCAUCUUCAUUUUUCAAGAAACAACAUGAUGUUCCCUUUGUGAAAUUAUUUUUGAUAACUAUCCAGGGUAAACUAUGUGAAACUUCCAGUGGUACAUUUAGUAGAGAAAUGCUAGAUAGAGAAAAGUGCUACAUUUUGGACUGUGAUGCAGAGGUAUAUGUUUGGAUGGGACGGUGUACUUCAAUCUCAGAGCGCAAGACAUCAAUAACUGCAACGGAAGAUUUCCUCAGAUCCCAAGGCAGGUCAACUAGGAGCCUUGUAAUGGUCUUGACAGAAGGUUCAGAAACUCCCAAAUUUAAGUCAAACUUUGUUGGCUGGCCUCAAACAGAUAACCCCAAACUUUAUGAAGAAGGCAAAGGGAAAGUAGCAGCAAUAUUCAAGCAACAAGGUUAUAAUAUAAAGGAGCUUCCGGAAGAAUAUUGCCAACCAUUGAUUAAUUGCAGGGGAAAGCUUGAAGUCUGGGGGGUAAAUGGUGAUCAUCUGUCUAUCAUGCCUUCUGAGGGAGAUAUAAAGCUUUUCAGUGGGGACUGUCAUAUUGUGAAGUAUACAUAUCAAAGUAGUCAAAGGGAUGAAAGCAUAUUGUAUGCUUGGCUUGGCACUGCAAGCAUCAAGGAAGAUAGAGUAGAUGCAAUCUCCCAUAUUAUCAAUAUGGCUAAAUCAACAAAAGGAACGCCGGUUUUGGCUCAAAUUUUUGAGGGAAAGGAGCCAGAUCAGUUUUUCUGGGUCACCCAGAGACUGAUAGUUUUAAAGGGAGGUACGUUCACCAGGUACAUAAAUUUCAUUCAAGAAAAAGGCUUUGCUGACAACACUUAUAGUGCUAGAAGCUCCGCGCUUUUUCGUGUUCAGGGAUCAAGUCUGGAGAAUAUGCAAGCCAUUCAAGUUAACAUGGGUUUCCAUUUACGUGCGAUGCAAUAUGAUUGCCUAUGUCUGGUUGCAGGUUCCUUGAAUUCAUCAUAUUGCUAUAUCUUGCAAACUGAAGCAGCUGUAUUCUCCUGGAUUGGAAGUUUAACUUUGAGCAGAGACCAUGACCUACUUGACAGGAUGUUGGAACUGCUAAAUCCAGCUUGGCAACCUAAAUCAUUCCGAGAAGGGGGUGAACCAGAUGAAUUCUGGAGUGCUCUUGGUGGAAAAGUAGAUUAUCCAAGGGAAAAGGAAAUCAGAAAGCAUAUAGAAGAUCCACAUUUGUUUGUGUGCAAUUGUUCUGAAGAUGACUUCAAGGUGAAAGAAAUAUUCAGCUUUACACAAGAUGAUUUAACUACUGAGGAUGUCUUCAUUCUAGACUGCUACACUGAAAUUUAUGUUUGGCUAGGUUCCCAGUCAAAUGUCCAACCAAAUCUACAAACAAUACAAUUUGGCCUGAAAUACCUGGAGGGAGACAUUUUGGCUCAAGGACUAUCGUUGGAAACCCCAUUGUAUAUGGUUACAGAGAGACAUGAACCAGAGUUCUUUACUUGCUUUUUUGAUUGGGAUGUUUCAAAAUCACAUAUGGAUGGAAAUUCAUUUGAGAGAAAGCUUGCAUUACUAAGGGGAGAAAAGAAGUUGGAGACACCUCCAAGGAACUCAAGCAGGACAUAUUCCUCGGAAUAUUACCAAAGUGGUUCAAGAAGCAAAUCUGUAAGUUCUACUGGAAUGCCAAGAAGUGCAUCUCCAUCACUUUCAGGAUCGCAAUUAGCUUCUUCAACUGCAAUUGCUAAGAAACUUUUAUCAGAACAACCCGUGAACCACAGCAGUACUGUUGAUUUCCAUAAACUGGAAUCAAGAAAUCCUGCUGAUGGUGCUGAUUUAUCACUGGUAGCUGAAAAUGAUGAUGAUGAUGAUGCUAAUUUGUUAAAAUAUCCUUAUGAACGCUUAACGCUGACUUCUGAUGAACCAGUUUCAGACAUAGAUCUGACCAAGCGUGAGGCAUACUUGUCCAAGGCGGAGUUCCUGGAGAAGUUUGGCAUGACAACACGAGCCUUCUACGCUCUACCGAAAUGGAGGCAGAACAAACUAAAGAUCUCCCUUAAUCUUUUCUAAUGCAAGUACGCAACUGUCCUGAUAAUUAGAUAACUGAAGGCUGGUAUAUUCUACUAAGGCAUCCAUUAGUUUAAGAAAUGAACUCUUGUUUUCUUCAUUCAAAUAUUUGACAGGAGAUAUUCUUUGUCACUUUUGUGGUGUAAUUUGAACUAGUAAUGUGAGUGUGACAAGAAAUUACGAUCAUGAUGCUAUGCUUGUGACAUACUUUGUAUAAUUCAAACAAAGGAAUCUAUCUAUACUAUAUAUUAAAAGGCGUUGAUAA